UGUAGUAAACACGAAGAGAGAUAAGAGUGUUUGCGUGUUUUCUUAUUAAUUUACGUCGGUAAGAUAAUCAUGAUUUAUUUUCUUUGAGUUUGAUCAAAUAACUAUUUUAAAAUGUGAUUACGUUCGAAGACGAACGUUCUAAAAUUUCCAAUCGAUUAACUCGUUUUAGUGUUUGACGAACGCGAAAUAUCGAACGUGAAAAUCGGACAUAGUGCUCGGUUCCUUUAGCAGAAGUUCCUACAACAUCAGGAAGUAUCGAACAAUCUCAAGGUUACAAUAUGGUAUAAUGUUGUGAAAAAAUCACUCGCAAGCUUAUAUUUUUCGAUCGAAUAGCUCGACCAAGUUAGACCAAGAUGUCGGAUAAACCUCAGAGUGUUAAAAUAGGCCACUACAUCUUAGGCGCAACCCUAGGCGUUGGCACUUUCGGUAAGGUGAAAAUCGGAGAACAUCAGUUGACCAAGCAUAAGGUAGCUGUGAAGAUCCUGAAUCGCGAGAAAAUCAAAAGCUUAGAUGUAGUCGGUAAGAUACGUAGAGAAAUACAGAACCUGAAGUUAUUCAGGCAUCCGCAUAUUAUAAAAUUAUAUCAAGUCAUCAGCACUCCUACGGAUAUAUUCAUGAUCAUGGAAUACGUUUCGGGAGGCGAACUAUUCGACUACAUUGUUAAACAUGGCAAACUAAAGGAACACGAAGCUCGCAGAUUUUUCCAACAAAUCAUCUCCGGCGUUGACUACUGUCAUAGGCAUAUGAUCGUUCAUCGUGACCUUAAACCAGAAAACUUACUGCUGGAUCAUAAUCUGCAUGUGAAAAUAGCCGAUUUCGGAUUAUCGAACAUGAUGACCGAUGGCGAAUUCCUACGUACUAGUUGCGGAUCUCCUAAUUACGCAGCGCCCGAAGUAAUCUCCGGUAAAUUAUACGCCGGACCCGAGGUAGAUAUUUGGUCGUGCGGUGUAAUCCUGUACGCUCUGUUGUGUGGUACUUUACCAUUCGACGACGAACACGUACCAACUUUGUUUAGAAAAAUUAAAUGCGGUAUAUUCCCGUUACCGGACUACCUGAAUAAAUCAGUCGUCUCGUUGCUCUGUCAUAUGCUUCAAGUAGAUCCGAUUAAACGAGCUUCCAUCGAAGAUAUCAAGAAACACGAAUGGUUCCAGCGCGACCUACCUACUUACCUGUUCCCAUCGCCUAUCGAACACGAUUCCUCCGUCAUCGAUACCGACGCUGUGAACGAAGUAUGCGAAAAAUUCGGAGUCAAAGAGCAAGAAGUACAUAACGCUUUGCUCAGCGGCGACCCCCACGAUCAGCUGGCUAUCGCUUAUCAUCUAAUCAUCGAUAACCGUCGUAUAGCCGAUGAAGCAGCCAAAGCCGAAAUCAAGGAUUUCUAUUUCGCCAGCAGUCCGCCUCCCGUAUCAUUUAGUCCGAGCGAAUCACUCUCUCAGAGUCCGUUUAAACCGCAUCCCGAAAGAAUCGCCCCAGCUCGUGAGAGAUCACUCACCAAAGACGGAUUCAUCGAUCGCAACAAGAAUGCUAAUAAGAAAGCCAAAUGGCAUCUAGGUAUUCGAUCCCAAAGCAAACCGAACGAUAUCAUGAACGAAGUAUACAGAGCUAUGAAAGCUCUGAACUUCGAGUGGAAAAUAAUCAAUACCUAUCACGUUCGAGUCCGCCACAAGAACCCGGUUACCAAACGUUAUUCGUUGAUGUCGUUGCAGCUGUACCAAGUAGACCAUAAAAGUUACCUUCUAGAUUUCAAAAGUCUCAGCAGCGAGCAAGACGCCAAUUCUCAAAAUAACAGCACCGAAUCGGAAGAUGUCUGUAAACGAAUCCCUCUCAAUGCUGGAAACCAUACGAUGGAGUUUUUCGAAAUGUGCGCAGCGUUGAUCACUCAGCUCGCUCGUUAGGGAAAACCCAGCAACCGGUGAAAACCAAAGCUGAUGGAAUGUUCGCUUCGGAUUAUUUAUUUAGAGUAUUUUUUAAUUACCUAUGUACCUAAAGGUUUCUUGAAUUUUCUUCUUCUCUUCGUAGUGUUAUUUCUAUCAUAGAGCUUUUUUGCCCUACCUGGAUUAAUGGGUCGUUGUAUAACGAAUAAGGUGGUUGCGACGAUUAUAAAUUUAUUUUUAAUGACAGUAACGAUGAAUUGUUACUAUUUUUAGCCAUCGGAUUUUUUUUCUUCUUUUUAUUAUUUUUAAUUACAUUUAUAACUAUUAUUUUUUGUGUAUUUCCCCCCUUCUCUAACAGAAUGAGUUAUGAUGUAUUGUGAUUGAAUUAUUCGGUCGUGUUUUCACGGCCUUGUUACGUGUACCAUUUAUUUUUAAUUAUUUAUAUCUCUUGUUUUUUUUUUUUUUUAGCAGUUCGCUAGACUACGGAAUGUUAUCGAGAGUAUUUUUUUUUUCUUUUUUUACUUUUUAAUCCGCGUUUCUAUCGAAUGUUUUCUGUUUUUUAAUUAUUUUGUUUAUUUGGUACGAUAUGAUGUUUACGACGGUGUGUUUUUCUUUGAUAAUAAUAUCGCGUAAAAUGUUACUAAAAAUGCAUCGAGUCGCGAUUGUAUUUUAAAUUUUUAUUAUUUUUUUAAUUACCGGAGAUGUGAAAGGAAUUAUCUACGUGUAUGAUUUUCAUCAUUGUCUUUUAUUUUACUCGCCUAUAUGAUAGGCGUUACUUGGAUUUACCAUCUUUACGAGUAAAAUGUUUUUAUUUUUUAGCCGUAACUCCAUUUUGCUAUUUACCUACUCGUUUUAAUUCUUCGUGUUUUUGUGUAACAACAGCUUUUAAAUUUUAAUAUCUACGUGAAUUACAAUUAUUUUUGAUUGUAUUAAUCUGUACACCGAUUUGAUUGUGUAUUUGCAAUGCAUAUGGAAUAAUGUUUUUUAUGGAAUAAAUUUUUUAUGCGGA